CUCCUCUGUCACGCUCGGUCGAAACCGACGCCGAACGGAGAGAGCAAAAGGCUGAGAGUCGAAGCUCGAGCGACGGCUUCAAUGGCCGCCAACUUUCCCGUCCAGAAGAACACUCUCUACGUCGGUGGACUGGCGGAGGAGGUGAACGAGGCGAUCCUGCACGCCGCCUUCAUCCCGUUCGGCGACAUCAAGGACGUGAAGACGCCGCUCGACCAGGCGACGCAGAAGCACCGGUCCUUCGGCUUCGUCACCUUCCUCGAGAGGGAGGACGCCGCCGCCGCCAUGGACAACAUGGACGGCGCCGAGCUCUACGGCCGCGUCCUCACCGUCAAUUACGCCCUCCCCGAGAAGAUCAAGGGCGGUGAACAGGGAUGGGCCGCUCAGCCUAUUUGGGCGGAUGCUGACACAUGGUUUGAGCGUCAGCAACAAGAGGAGGAAAUGCAGCGUAUGCAGGCAGAGAACAAGGCAGCUAUGCAGGCUGCAGAGGAGUUGCAUAGGAAGAAAAUGGCACAAGAGCGUGAAGGGGAAAAGGAAGAUGAUGCAGAGAAGGAUGACCCGAUGGCUAUGGCAGAAGAAGCAGAGGCUUUGAAACAGCAGAGCUGAAGUCGCUGGUGUUAAAGUGAGUUUGGAUUUACGGAUAUGGUAACAUCACAUUUUAGCAUUUGGCAUUGUAACAUAGCUGAUCAAUUUUGCCAAUGGGUUACCUAACCUGAGCAUUGGAUUUUGUAACUACUGGUCCUUAGGUUGUCAUUUAUAUUGACUGCACCGGGUAUACUACGGGCUAAAAGGCUUAUGGAUAAUUAUGCAUAUUGUUGGAGAUAAGAGAGGAAGCAGUUGUUCUCUAAAUUAAAAGAUUUCCAUGAUGCAAAGACAUAGUCUGUAUCGGUGCCUAUUAUGGGAGUCCCUUUUCGAUGA